AUGAGUAAUUCUGCUAGCAACAGCAAUGAUCACAAAAGGUCCGAUUUUCUGCCUGGCCUGGAAGAUCUUGGAAAAUUGCUCAAGGCUUGCAGUCCCAAUCAAGGGAAGAAGUCCGAUCGGAGCCGGAUUCCAGAUGGAAAGGACUGCCAAAUUUGCAACAUCAAAGAUACAUGCAAGACGGUAGUACAAGCCUCAAACGAGCUUAUUGAGCAAGGAAGCUCCAUAUCUGAAAAAGAGACGCAGCACAACAAGGACCAGGGAAUGAUCAACCCUACCAGAAAGCCAACGCAACGACAGCCAAAACGGCGGCCAAAGACGGACAUGCUCAAGACAGCCGAACAAGCCAAUGAGGGUGCACCUACGAAGGCUGCAAUGAAUAUCUCCACGCUCGGCGAUGCUGAGGGGUUAAUUGACGAUCCAGACGCUGAGCUGGGCAAUUGA